CUUUACGGCUCCGCCCUCUGCCGUACAGCGGGCGCUCCCACGUGCGUCAACAUCCCACAGGGAAACCCUGUUGAGUUCCGUGGCGGCGAGCCUGACGUUUCCGCCAUGGGCAAACGCGGGAGCCGCGGCCGCAGCCAGCUGCUCAGCACAAUGACCAAGAAGCAGAAGAAGCACCUCCGCGACUUCGGCGAGGAGCACCCCUUCUACGACAGGGUUUCCAAAAAGGAGGCAAAGCCACAGAUUUGUCAGCUGUCAGAGAGUUCAGACUCUUCACAUUCUGAAAGUGAAUCAGAGAGUGAACAAGAGCACAUUUCUGGGUACCACAGGCUGCUGGCUACACUAAGGACUGUUUCUGAAGAGGAGGACGAGGAAGAAGAGGACGAGGAGGAAGAGGAGGAUGUCGACGACUGCAGCGCUUCAGGAGAUGCAGAAAUGCAUGAUGAAGAAAGCUGUGAAGAAGCAGCCGCGUCAGCUGAGGCGCAGGAGCAAACAUCCCUAGCUGACAACCCAAAAGGAAAAGAUGGGAAAGAGCCACCUGACACAGCACAGAGAUCCUCAGAGGAGUUCACAGAUGCAAAACACGAGUCACUGUUCAGCCUGGAAACCAACUUUCUGGAAGAGGAUCGUGGGGGCGGUUGUCCCCAGGGAGAAUCCCAAGAUCCAUUUCAACAACAUGUCAACAAACAACUGAAAGAAAAGGAAAUUCAAGCUGCUGUUUCGAGCCCUCCAACCACCCAGCAACUGAAAUGGCCCAUCCUGGGACAGCUUGUCUUUUCAUCCAAGUUCCCGAAAAUGGAAACAUUUAAACCUCCAAAGGAUAUUGACCUAAAGUCACUUCAUCUUCAGAAGCCUCUGGAAUCCACCUGGAUGAAGACCAAUAGCCAGUUCCUAUCUGGGCCUCAAAAAUCAAAUAGCCCCUUCACCCCUCUCCAGAAAGAGCUGUUCUUCAUUAUGAAUUCUUACCGGGACCUGUUCUAUCCUGAGAGGACUGCCCUGAGGAAUGGAGAAGAGGUCCGCCAUGUGUACUGCCUGCAUGCCAUAAACCACGUCCUCAAAGCCAAUGCCCAGGUGCUGGCGAACAACAGUAGGCGCCGGAGCCAGAAACUUGGGGUGGGGGAAGAUGAUGACUUCAGGGACCAAGGACUCACCAGGCCUAAGGUACUUAUAGUGGUGCCCUUCCGGGAGGCUGCCCUUCGGGUGGUCCAGCUCUUCAUCAGCCUCCUUGAGGGGGACAGCAAGAAGAAAAUCAUUGUGAGCAACAAAAAGAGGUUUCAGGGGGAGUAUGGAUCUGACCCCGAGGAGAGACCUCCCAACCUGAAGAGGCCUGAGGACUAUGAAGCUGUGUUCGUGGGCAAUAUUGACGACCACUUCAGGAUUGGAGUGGCCAUACUUCAGAGGAGCAUCCGCCUCUACGCCCCCUUCUACUCCUCUGACGUCCUCAUUGCCUCCCCGCUGGGCUUGAGGACUGUCAUCGGCGGUGAAGGGGAAAAGAAGAGAGAUUUCGACUUCCUGUCCUCUGUUGAGCUCCUCAUCAUUGAUCAGGCUGACGUUUACCUCAUGCAGAACUGGGAACACGUCUUGCAUUUGAUGAAGCACAUGAACCUGUUACCCUUGGACUCACAUGGGGUGGACUUCUCUCGGGUACGCAUGUGGAGCCUCAAUAACUGGUCCAAGUACUACCGCCAGACCCUGCUCUUCGGUGCCCUGCAGGAUCCCCAGAUCAACUCUGUCUUCAACAAGCACUGUGUUAAUACUCAAGGCCAGGUGGCCGUGAGGAAUGUCCCAAUGACAGGCUCCAUCAGCCAUGUGUUGGUGCAGCUCCCUCACGUCUUCCAGAGGAUGGAAGCCCAAGACCUGCCUUCAGUGAUCGAUGCCAGGUUUCAGUUUUUCACAAACAAGAUUUUGCCUCAGUACCGCGAUGCCGUCAUGUCGCACACACUCAUCUAUGUCCCCUCCUAUUUUGACUUUGUGCGUCUCCGAAAUUACUUCAAGAAAGAAGAGCUGAACUUCACCCACAUCUGCGAGUAUACACAAAAGUCUGGGGUCUCCAGAGCGAGACACUUCUUUCUCCAAGGAGAAAAGCAAUUUCUGCUUCUCACAGAACGCUUCCAUUUCUACAAAAGGUACACCAUAAAAGGCAUCAGGAACCUGAUAUUCUACGAACUGCCGACAUACCCUCACUUCUACAGUGAAGUCUGUAACAUGCUGAGAGCCACCAGCAGAGGCGAGGAGGCCACGUGGACCUGCACUGUGCUCUAUUCCAAGUACGAUGCCCAGAGGCUGGCAGCUGUGGUUGGCGUGGAGCGGGCAGCACAGAUGCUGCAGUCUCCAAAGAGCGUCCACCUCUUCAUCACCGGAGAAAAGUGAGUGUGCGGUGGGACAGAGCAUU